CUCGAAAAAAGGUUGCGGGCAGUCUUGAGUGGGAGCGAAGUUUGCAGGCAGGCAAAAGCGGGAGCGAGCAGCAGCGGGAACGUCAGGGAAAAGUGGAAACGAGGUGGAGAAAAUGUGUGUUGUGCUGCUACCCUGCUACUAGUGGUGUGACUUCAGUGUUGGGCUGACUGGGAGGUGAAGGGGAAAACACAGAAGAAAAGUUUAUGGAAUUAACGUUUUACCCUCAUCACAAGUGCUUAGUUUUACAAAACAAGGAUUAUCACCACCAGAAGAAAAGUUACACAGUGGGACAUGCAGAGCCAGGCUGUGUCCCUGCGGUGGUAAGGUUCAGACAGCAUUUUCACGGUCAUGGCUUCAGAUCGAGAGGGGCGUGGGUGUGAGCUGCCCAUUGCCCCAGGCCAGGUGUACAUUGAGGUGGAGUAUGAUUAUGAGUACAAGGCCAAGGAGCGCCAGAUCUCCAUCCGCCAGGGAGAGUGCUACAUGCUGGUGAAGAAGACCAACGAGGACUGGUGGCAAGUCAAGAAAGAGGAGGGGACCAAGGCAUUUUACAUACCGGCGCAGUAUGUCAGAGAGGUCCGCAAGGCCCUCAUGCCCCCUCCCAAGCCUCUGCACCUGGGGAUUCACGGUGGGGGGAGCGGGGGGAACUCGGUCUUGGUCAAGGCAAGUGUCUCUAAUGAGAACCUGAACUUGACCAGUUUCAGCCGGCCCUCUCCCUCGUCACCCUCCCCCUCCUCAUCGUCGGGGGCUGCCCUCACCCCUCCGAGCCAGCGCAGGGACAGGGAUGCCAACCAGAAUCCUGGUAGAGACCCUGGCAGCCUCACAAACCAUGACAGGGCCCUGGCAGACAUUAUAAAGAACAACCACACCCACCCUCACAGCCAUGCUGCUGGACGAGGAUGUAAUACGCUGCCCCGUGCCGAUGCCACUUCCCCUGAGCUCCGCAGGGUGCCCCUGAAUGUGGAGAUGCCCCCGGGGCACUGUGACUCAGAGGGUUCGGAGAGACGCAACGACUCGGAGUCUGGAGACGAGCUGAGCAGCAGCUCUACUGAGCACCUGCAGACUGUCUCUUCAUCGGGUCAGGGUGGUAGACCAGAGUCUCCUGUCUACUCUAACCUUCAGGAGCUGAAGAUCUCUCGGUCGAGCCUACCCCCCAACCCCUCCAGCUCCCCACUGCAUGUCCUGGGGGACUGGGAGACACACAAGGACCAGAACGGCAGACACUACUACUUCAACCGCGCCACCCAGGAGCGGACAUGGAAGCCCCCCCGAGCCAAGGACGCUAGCAGUGGUAGCAGCAGCCGGGGGGAGACUCACGGCAAAGGUACUGGGGAGGCAGAGACAACUCUGCCUCUCUCUUUCUCCCCAUCCUUCCUUCCUCUCCUCUCGCUCGCCAUUGGUCGCUUCCAGCCUCUGUCGUUGGAGGACAACUGCCACAGCACGUAUUCUAGCCAAUCAGACAGCCAGUAUGGCUCCCCGCCUCGAGGUUGGUCAGAAGAGCUGGAUGAGCAUGGACACACUCUGUAUGUUAGUGACUAUACUAAUGAGAAGUGGAUAAAGCAUGUUGAUGAACAGGGCCGACCCUACUACUAUAGUGCUGACGGCUCAAGAUCUGAAUGGAAGCUGCCCAAGUACAACCACUCCCUUCCUCCCCUGCCGGGCGGAGGAGACACCCCUAAGAGCCGCAGUCUGGACAGGAAGCAUGUAGAGCCCAUCGUCCUGACCAAGUGGAGACACAGCACCUACGCACUGGACACCAACGACAAGGAUGCGGCGUUGGGCCCCAAGGUCCCCGGCUCUCCUGACUCUGACUCCUCAGACCCCUCGUCCCUCAAGCCCCCCACCUCUCCUUCAGAGAAGUGUGGUGUUCUUAAUGUGACCAAGAUCACUGAGCAUGGCAAGAAAGUACGGAAAAAUUGGACGUCGUCCUGGACAGUCCUUCGGGGCUCCUUGCUACUAUUCACUAAAAGCCAGGGGGGCGGGACCAGCUGGUUUGGAGGCAUCCAGUCCAAGCCAGAGUUUACUGUGGACCUGAGAGGAGGAUCUAUAGAGUGGGCUUCCAAAGACAAGUCCAGCAAGAAGCAUGUUAUAGAGCUGAAAACCCGUCAGGGCACAGAGCUGCUGAUCCAGUCAGAGAAUGACAGUUUCGUCAAUGACUGGUACAGAGCACUGACGGACACCAUCAGCACACACGCCUGGGAGUCAGAUGAGGCCAUAGAGGAGGACAUGCCAGAGUCUCCUGGAGCUGAGAAACAAGACAAAGAGAAAGAUCACAGAGACUCUAAGAGCAGAGCCAUGAAGAGUUCUACCAGUAUGGACACAUCAGAUGACAAAAAGACCAGACACAAACUUAUGAAGUUCCUCACACGCAGACCCACUCUGCAAGCUGUCAGAGACAAGGGCUACAUCAAAGACCAGGUGUUUGGCUGCAGUCUGAGUGACCUCUGUCAGAGAGAGAACGCAUCCGUGCCAAGUUUCGUCACGAUGUGCAUCGACCACAUGGAAAACAAUGCUCUGAAUGUGGACGGGCUGUACAGAGUGAGUGGGAACCUGGCUGUCAUCCAGAAACUACGCUUCGCUGUCAAUCAUGAUGAGAAGGUGGACCUUGAGGAGGGAAAAUGGGAAGAUAUCCACGUGACUACGGGAGCGUUGAAGAUGUUCUUUAGAGAGCUACCUGAACCGCUCUUCACUUACAACCUAUUCCAUGACUUUGUCAAUGCCAUCAAGAUCCCAGACUACAUGCAGCGUGUCCAGUCUAUCAAGGAGCUGGUCAAACAGUUGCCCAAACCCAAUCAGGACACCAUGCAGGCCCUCUUCAAACACCUCAGGAAGGUGAUUGACCAUGGCGAGGAGAACCGUAUGACGACCCAGAGCGUAGCCAUAGUGUUUGGCCCCACCCUGCUCAGACCCGAGACAGAGACCUGGAACAUGGCAGUCCACAUGGUCUAUCAGAACCAGAUAGUGGAGCUCAUCCUGCUGGAGUACGAGGGUAUCUUUAGGUAGAAACCAGAGGAGAGACUUUUCCCCAUGUACAGAUCUAGUACCAGCUUACGCUCGCCCAAUCCUAACCUUAACCAUUGGUGAGGAGAAUGCCAAACUGACCCAGGAUCAGUGUUUGUUACGGUCUAUGGUAAUGAAUACAACCCCGGCCUACUCUCUGAACAACACCACCACCAUGACCAUACAGAACUCCCAACCCAGCCCAACAGACCAAUCCCAAGCCUCUUCUUCCUCUAACCCGUGGUCAUUCACAGCACACCUCAGAUUCCAUCCCCCACAGACCAGACCUGUAUGGAUACAUGGUAAAAAACAAAGGUGGACUUAUUAUCCACGACCAAUAAACCAACCAAGUUGAGACUCUUUGCACUUGGCUGCAAACAUGUGUGCUUCCCCCCUCCUCUUCUCACCAUGGCAGGAUUUGUGGGACUUUACUGCCAAAGACAAAAAUCCACUUCUGUCCAUACACUGGAUUUCCAUGGCCAGUACCUGAGAGAGCCUCUCGUCUGGAUAGACUGUCCGAAUGGAGCAUUGAAGAGAGGACAGACACUAUAUUGUGGUUAGGGCUCCACCCUUGACAACCUUGAUAUGUUCAGGAAAGGUGGGUCUGUCAGGCAGGCCUCAGUAACCUCAGUCUUCCCAACAGAGGUGUCAGUAUUGCCGGGAGAGGGUCUAUCUAUCCACUAUUCUGGCUGCACUAAACAGUAUUUAGCCUACACUGUACAGUAUAUUUACCUGUUAAGGACAUACAGACCAGACUGCAUAGAGAGGUCUGUCUGUCUCUUGCUUGGUCUCUCUGUCUGCUGGGACACCUUCAGCUCCUCUACCAACACAAUGUCGGCGUCCCAAAACGACUUCUGAACAGAGCCCUAUGGGCCUUGGUCAAAAAUGAAAAUGCUGAGCUAUAUAGGGGAAAAUACUUUACCUUUAUUUUCUAUAUGCUGUUCGUUCAGGCACCUCUUCUCUCUGUGGGCUCAACUAGAGAAUCAAUGAAUGUCUGUAAAUAAAGUGGCUUUGUCUCCCUCUGCUGUUUCUAAAGUACAGAGCUAGGAGAGUGUGCCUGCAUCCCAAAUGGUACUCUACUCUCUAUCUAGUGCAUCAUCAAAAGUAGUGCACUAUAUAGGGUAUAACGUGCCAUUAGAUACGCAGCCCGUAUGUACCUGUAUGUCAUGUAAUGAGCUAUAUGGUCGACUCUUACCUCCUAAUACAGCCCUGUGUGUGCGUGCAUUUGUGUGUGCGCUUGCGUGCCUGUGUAAAGGCCCCAGCACGCAUCAGAAAUGACCCAUAUCCUCUAAUAUACACACUUAUUUUCUCUCUCUCUCUCUCUGGAGAUACUGGAAGCAGUCCGUUUUACACUACUCAAAGGUAGUGCACUAUAUAGGGACUAGGGUGCCAUUUGGGAUGCUCCAACUGACUCAUGGUUUUACUUCAGCCAUUCAUACCAAAACUACUCUGCUUCUCUGGUUUUUAGAACAAGUCCUCUCCUAUCAGUCAGAUAACUUAAAAACACAGAAAUGGUACUGAGAUGUGUAUAUCUUUGGACUGGUUGUAAAUGUAUUAUAAUAAGGCAAGCAACAUUUAAUAAAUAAAUGUAAGCAACGUGUGUAUGUGUGUGUAUGGACAGGGGACUGAUGGACAGGAAGUAUGUUGUACAGGUCUCUGAUAGUAAUUAAAGUACGACUUUAUGGUGACCAUUGUAAACUUGAGGAAACAAACAUGUUUAUUUAAGACCCAUUCCACCAAAAUCAUAUGAACUGUUUAGGGUUGAGAAAUUCCAGUAACUUUCCCAAAAUUCCCAGGUUUUUCAGAAAUCCCUGUUGGGAGGAUUCUCCGGAUAUUCAGCAAUUUCCUCCUGAUUACGGGAACAUUCAAACCAGGAUUGUUGGAAAGCCUGGGAGUUUGGGGAAAGUUACUGGAAUUUUACAAACCUAGAACUAUUAUAUGAACUGCGGUUUUAAAAGUUUAGCUGUAUUUUUGGCAAGUGGCACAUUUUGAAUGUAAUUAUUUUCCAAACUAACUGCUGUUCAAGACUUCUUUGUUUAAUGGGAAUAAAGGCCUCCAUUGAGACCCUGUAAAAACCUGU